UAAUCAUUUCCAUCUUGUGCUCUGUACAUCCAAUGGUGGCACCAUUACUCAUGGUAGUCAAAAUCAGCUCAGAGAGAGUACACAUAUGGCCACUUUCUGGUUAAAACUGCCAUCAUUGAUCCUGAAAAUCCCCCCAAAACCACUCCAAAUCGGCCACAUCAUUGUUUUACUUUUGUUUACAUAUGCUAUAAUGCCAUUCAUCUUAAUUAACUCCAUUUAUGCUAAUUGUGCAAAGUGCCCAACAUAUGCAAGUUAGCAUCCGGCAGUUUCUAUGUACUUGGGACCCCUACUAUACAUUACUAUCAUAACACUUUGGGGUACUCAACAUUUCAGGGUUCACUAGAAUGAAAAAUGAAAUGCUGUAAUUUAAAUACUGCUUAUUGUAAUAAUAGAUAAACAUGUGAGAUGCGAACAGAUGGUAUGAAGUUGUGAAGGCACAGAGCUCAGAGGUUCAUCAGUCUUAUGGCCUUUGGGAUAAAAUGGUAACACAGGAUCAGUCAUAUGUCGUUCUCCGGGUAAAGUGUUGGGGAUCUGCGUGUUUCUUAAUGCAGAGGGCAGCUGAAGGGACGUGCGUGGCUCUUUGUGGCUCAGUGCUGGUUGGCUGUGAACCAAAGUGACGGGCGGGUGGAGAGGAUUCUGGUAAAAUGCACUCGUGGAAUAGGCUUGUAUGAGGUACAGAGUCCUCAUACACAUACACUCAGAUACAAAAAACAAAUAUUAAUAUCUCCCCCCCUUGCAGACGCUGAGUCUCAAGCUAUCAGACUAUUUGGCCGAUUACCACAUCUGGAUAUCUUUGUACAGCUGCCCCAACGCGUUCACACACACUCAGAGACUGUGUGUGAGCCUGCUGCUUCUGCUGGGAUAUGCAUGUGUCAGCACACUGAUCAUAUCACACAUGGAUGAUCAGUUGCCCUUCCAGUUUGGCUGUGUAGAAGCAACAGCUGUUUCUGUGCGGACAGGACUUCUGAGUGUGUGUGGUGUUGCCAGCAGCAGCACACUAUUUGGUGUCUGUUUGGCUCCAAAUACCAAACAGAUCAUUGCAGCAUCCCAUGAUCCCCUCUGUUUCAGCCCUGUUUCUAAAGUGCUGGACAAAACGUAUGAGAGUACGCGAUGACCUCAUCACAUGACAUCACAGAUGGCCUUCAAGUUGAGAUUGCGAGAGCUCUGAAGUGCAGGCAUUCUUCAGUUCUUCAGUUCAGAGCGGUGAGUGGUACACGUAUUCAGUCAGAGCAAACUAACUUCACAGUUUUCCCGACAAAACACGUAUUACGUACACACGUAGAUUUCUAUUCCUACGCACAACACAAGUCCACAGACAGCGCCAUGGAUAGAACACAGUCAGACCAGAGCAGCAAGGAGACAUCCCACAGCCAGAACGAUGAAAGUCUGCUGCAGUUUGACGCAGAGACCGUCAAACUGCUCGUGAUGAGAGGAGAUGAACUCUUUGAGUGUUUGACAGUCUGUGAGGAAAGAUACGGCGCUCUGGAGGAAAGAUACGGCGCUCUGGAGGAGGAGAUGGAAGCUAAAGAGGCUCGACACAAGCAGCAGCUGGACGAGAACCUGGUGACCAUAAACCUGCUGAAAAGAAGAGAGGAAGAACUCCUUCAGAGCCAGGAGAAGUCCACCAAGGACCUGGCUGAGAAACAACAGAGCUGGGAGAAUGGAAAACAAGGCAUGAAGUAUGUAGUGGACGAGAAAAACUACCAGGCCGCUAGAAACCACACCUUGGAGACGGAAAAACGAAAGAUGGAAUGCAAAGUGAAAGGGGUGAUGAAGCACAACAGUCAGCAGACCUUUAGAAUCCACAGCUUGGAGAAGGAAGUCCAGAAGCUGGUGCUCCAGUUGGAAAAGCAGGGAGAAAACAACUCUGAAGACCAACAACCGAUGGAGGCCAAACUAAAACAGGUGGAGAAGGAGAACGAGGAUCUGGCAAAGAAGAACACAAGCUGGGAGACGGAUGUCAAACAGCUGAAAGACCAGAUGAGAGAGAAGGAGGAAAAGUUCUCCAAAGACCUGGCCGAGGAACAGCUGAGCUGGGAGAGUGAGAAACAUCAGCUGGAGGGCGAGAGGAGAGAGAUGGAGAAGACAUUGAAACAGGUGGAGGAAUCCAAGAAGAAGCUGGCUAAGGAGAACCGCAGCUUGGAGUUGGACGUCACACUGAAUGUCUUGCUGGUGAAGCAGUUUGAGAAGGACAUGGAGGUGCAGCAGGAAGAGUUCUCCAAACGACACCAGAGCUGGGAGACCAAGGCCAGUUCGAUGGAGACCGAAAUAAAAGAGGUCACUCAGGAGAAGGAAGACCUGGCUCAGACACUUCAGAGCCAGGCGACUGAAUUCAAAGACAUUCAGGCUCAGUUACAUCAGGCAGAGGAUGAGAACAACGUGAGCUGGGAGACAAGAGUCCAUCAGCUUGAGAAGGAGAUGAAGGAGCAGAAGGAGAAGUGCUCCAAAGACCUGAGCCAGAAACACCAGAGCUGGGAGACCACGGUUCAUCUGAUGGAGACUCAACUGAAGGAGGCGAAGGAGGAGAGGGACAACCUCGCUCAGACGCGACUGAGCUGGGAGACCAAAGAGAAGAAGAUGGGGGAAGAGAAGACACUUCUGGAGGACCUGUGUCUUCACAGGAAGAAUAAGAGCAGAGGAUUCUUCGCUCGCAGGAGGGCGACUGAGGAAAGGGACGUCGUUUUGCAGAAAAUGCUGCACAAGAUGGAAGAGAGGAGAUGA